CAAGCUUAGAUAUUUUUUUCUUUCCUUCCUCAUUUUCACGCUGAUCUGCUCUGUCUUCUUCCCGAUCCUUCCUCCCGAAAAGCCCCCAAGCCACCGACUCUCUCUCUCUUUGAAAAAAAAAAAAAAACCGGUGAAGGCCUCUUGAAAUUUCCCUCCUUUCUUGCUCAAGAACCAAGUUUCAAGCCUAGACCUCUCUCCCUCCACCCAGAAAUUUCAGAUCUACUCUGCGUCUUCCUCCCUCUGCCGUCCGCGAGCUACUCUGCCGGUGAGAGUGCUUCGGUUUUGCCCGCGAGCUUCCCCUGCCUUCCCGCCGUUCUCCCCAAGCCACAGCUCCGGUUUUUUUGCUGAAUUUUUCUGGUAUGUGGCAACUCUUUUAAGUUCAAAUUUCAUUUAAUUAGUGGUUGCCUUGCUGAAUUUGGUCCUUGUGUGACUGCCUGUGUUGUCCGAAUGCCGGCAAGGGAAGAAUGGAAGCUUUUGGCAGCUUAAUUGUGCUUUUUGUUAAUUCAUGUGGAAUUUGCUUGUUGUGAUGUUAAUUGUGGGAAAAUUUUAUGAAACUCCCGUCAAUUGGCAAUUUUUGCCUAAGUCGGUUCCUCCAUUUUGUCUAUGAGAUUUGGAAAUGUAAAUAUAAAUGCACAAUAUGAUUUUUAGAGCUCAAAAUUCGAAUAGGAAGUAAAAUAAAAUGAAGUAAAUAAAUAAAAUAAAUAUUGCAUUAUGGAGGUUAAUUGCCGGCAAUAUUGAAAAGAAUCAAAUAGGUAGUUCUCGUAUGGUUAUUAAUUCUGGAAUAUUGUGAUUAGGUACUUAAUUAUUCUGCACUGUAGCGCUUGGGAUUAGUGGUCUGUUUGGUGCGAUUUGAGGUAGUGAGACCCGACGCAUGGGGAGCCCAGGGGAGUGAUGAGCUAGACGGCUAGGCACUUUUGAACUUAGGUUUUUGUAGCUAAGCCGUUAGUCACCCAUGCUUGAUAUAGAGAUUUUGUGUACAGAACUUAGUGUUAGUCAUGAUUGUAUAUAUAUGAAGUGAUAAAUUUUGUACAUAUGACUGGUAAAUAUUUGGUAAUUAAAAAGGCUUAGAUUUGAAUCACCUGAAUUGCUAAAGAAGGGAGGAGAAAUAGAGGACACUCGGUUGAGAGUAGAGAAAAAUGGAUGAGCAAAUGGAGGAUAAGGAAGGACAAUGAAGGCAACUGGAGGAGAAAUGGAGAAAAGCACUAUCAUCAACAUGCAGAGAAGGGGAGGAGAAAUGGAGAGAAUUGUGUGAGCAGCGAGGAGAACAAAAAGAAAUGAAAAGUGUUAUGCAAUUUUUUUUUUUUGUAUAUAUAGAGCAUUUAGCAUCAUAUAUCACAUUGUUGAAAGUUUAGCCUCCUAAAGCCUCUUCGUCACUAACGAAUUUCAUAUUGCUAAUAAAUAUUUAAAUUUCAA